CAGAGUGUGCGUGAGAGAGAUGAUGAUGGAUGCUGAGGGAGGGUGCUGCAUCGCACGGUACGCCGGGGGUGCGUACGAUAUGUCGAAGGUCGACCGGAUAAUGCUUAGAUUCCGGCCGAUCGCGCCAAAGCCAACAAGCGCUGGCUCAGUCUCCGGCGGUUCCACGUUGAAAAGCGACGAAGUGUACUUGAGGACUGGGAGAGGAAAGAGGAGGUACGUCAGGGAUAACAGCAAAAGGUGCAACAGAAAGAGAAAGGCUUCGCCGGAGGAGAAAAGAGACGAGAUCGUCGGAGAAGCGGUAGUGACGCUGCCGCUGCUGCCGGAGACGCCAGACCGUAAGGACUGGUCUCCGCCUGGGCAGUCUGAUCUGUUAUCCGCGACUAAACCUCAGAAAAACCCGCCGAUCUGGCUGAGUUUCGCCAACGGCAGCACCGAGGGGCACUGCGGGAGCGAUCGUGCUGUGAUCACGGAUCGGACGGUGGUGAUGCCGCAACCGGUAAGGCUGGUGGGGUCGUGCGUAACGGUGGAGUGUGUGACGGACACGUGGGUUGAUGGAGACUGGCUGGGGAGUACGGACGAGGAGAAGAUAAACAACCUGGACAGAGACACGUGUCCAGGUUUCGUAUCGGACGGCCUGAACCGGGUGACUUGGACCAACGCAGCGUACCGGAGAAUGGUGGGGCACGUGACCCCAGGGCCAGAGAUGAUGGUGUGGUUAGUGAUGAAAGCGAGAGUGCCAGUAACGUUUCCGGCGAUAACCUGCAGAGUGAGGCUACAGUACAGGUGUGGGAAGGAGAAGAACUCCCUGACGCUGCCUUGCGACGUGUGGAGAAUGGACGGAGGAGGCUUUGCAUGGAGACUCGACGUCAAAGCUGCCCUCAGUUUGGGUCGCUAAAACCACAACCCUCAAGAUCUGAGACUAUAACACCUGACACCACCACCUCCAAAAAAUAAAAAUAAAUUGUGAAUAUUUUCCGCUUUUGGAUCGUUUUUAAAUUACAAACUGUUUGUUCCACGUCUUUCUCUCUUUAUUCUGAUUGCUCUUCAGUUUUCUCCACGACAUUUGUUCAGAACCAAUGAACAACUAAAUUUCUAAUUAUACUCUUCCUCAGUUCUUCCUUCCGCUGUAUCCUCUAGUUUCUUGGGACUUGGUUACAGUACUUCAGACCAAUGAAAUUAACGGUGUUGAUUGGGUAUGAGGAAUAGAGAGUUGGUGUUGACGUAGUGGGCAUGAAAAAGAGGAGGAGAUAGUGGGAAAUGCAGUAAUGGAGGAAAAAGCUGUGAUAGAGGAAAAAGCUGUGAUAUUUUUGGGGAAAUGGAAGAUGGAGAUGACUCGGAUGAGAAGAAGUAUUGAGUUAGGGGACAGGUGGAAGAGGAGAGUUGGAUGGAGAUGGAGAUUCGAAAACUUUUGUUUUGUUUUUUCUUUUUUUGUUGGUUGGGGGUGAAAUUUUGAGUCUGCGGUCCAUUUUUUCAGCUUCUACUAUAUCUUUUGAUGGUACAA